CCAUCGUUAUUUAAUUUUAAACGAAUGUUUUUAUAUAAAAAAUUACUACGGCAAACCUCAUUAUUCUACAGAAAAAUUAAAAGUUUAUUAAACAAUAACUUUUAAAAAGGUUGGAGUAAAAUAGAAGAAAAGCAAAUAUCAAUAAAAUUCUACUGAAUGAUAAGUGUUAUCAGUUGGCCAACUGGCAUGUAUCUUCGUCAAUCAUGAACCGACGAUGCAUUGAUAACCGACCGGUUGAGUUCUGAACCACACACUAAGUUCUGCAUAUCGGAGCCACACUACACGUAAGAAAGUCCAAUUACUGUUUCUGCACGAGGACAUCCCUGAAAAUGAUGACAAUUAACAAUCCAGUAAUUCCCUGUGUUACAAGCUUACCUGGUGGCUGUUUGCAGGAAGGGAGUUUGAUUAUCAUCCAUGGUCAGCCAACUUUUAACAGUAACAGGUUUUGUGUAAGCUUAGUAUGUGGGCCGCAGCCGGAACUUAGUGCUAUCGCAUUCCAGUUGACUGCGCAUUUUGACACAAAUUGGGUCAUUCGCAAUAGCAAAUUAAAUAAGGAGUGGGGUGUCGAAGAGGGCUCGGCGACACGCAAGUUCCCUUUCCAACGCCUUCAACCUUUCCAGCUUGAGAUUUUUACUAGUCCGUCCUGCUAUGUGGUUGCCAUCGAUGGAAAUCAUUACUGUGAAUAUUCCCAUCGUGUUUCCUAUUCCCAAGCCAACACUCUUCAAAUAACUGGAGAUGUCCAAGUCAGCAUGAUUGAAUUUAAAUCAACCAAUACUUACCCGACAUUUCCAUCAGGCAAUCGCCUUAACGUAACUAAUCCGCCCAUCCCUUUUGCUUCGUUGAUCAACGGCCCUUUGGCAGUAGGAAACGAAAUUCAAGUUCACGGACAAGUAAAGCCAUACCCUAAUAGGUUCCACAUAAACUUGCAGCAAGGAUGUCAGACUUAUCCUUCACCAACCAUCGCUUUCCAUUUCAAUCCCAGAUACGAAGGCGGAAAUCGCGUUAUCGUUAUGAAUUCCUUAUUGGGAGGCCAAUGGGGAUCGGAACAACGCAUCGCAACCGGAAGACAUCUCGCGCCUGGAACCACAUUUGUGCUUAGCAUUAAACGUCAAGCCUACAACUUUGAUAUUCUGGUCAAUGGAACUCGCAUCGCCAAUUACGCUCAUCGGAUCGGAGCUGACAUUAUCGAUUCAGUUUCCAUCGAUGGCGAUGUGAUCGUCAAUAAAGUCGUCGCGAUUUAGAAAACCUAGUUAAAGCAGUUUAUGCACAUUCCAAAUAUGUAAAGCCUUUGCCAAAAUUGCUGCUGAUAGUUUACCCCUUAGUUUUCUGAAGUUGUAUGCAAUUGGUGCGGACCCAACCUCUAGUAUCACAAUCCAAUGUGAUGUUGUAACUUGGUGCAUUAGUGAAGUACCUACUUUUCUGUUACAUAGAGACAAAAAAUAAAAUAAAAAUGGGGGAAAACAA